AGAGUGCGUGGCUGGAGCCAUAUGAUCGUAUCAACACAUUCGAGAGCCCUACCCAAACAGUGAGAGAGAUUUUGCUGCAGCAAUGACUGUCAUAGAAGAAAAUCGUCCUUUUGCUCAGCAGCUAUCUAAUGUCUACUUUACUAUACUGUCCCUUUUUUGUUUUAAACUUUUUGUGAAGAUCAGCCUUGCUAUACUGAGUCAUUUCUACAUUGUGAAAGGGAACCGUAAGGAAGCAGCAAGGAUAGCUGCUGAAUUUUAUGGAGUUCCUCAAGGACAAGGUUCUUGGGCAGAUCGCUCACCUCUGCAUGAGGCAGCCAGUCAAGGACGUCUUCUUUCUCUAAAGACUUUAUUGUCACAGGGCUACAAUGUAGACAUACUAACAAUUGACCAAGUCACUCCACUUCAUGAAGCGUGCCUGGGAGAUCAUGUUGGCUGUGCAAGAAUCCUCCUUGAAGCAGGAGCAAACGUGAAUGCCACAACAAUCGAUGGAGUGACACCCUUAUUUAAUGCAUGUUCACGAGGCAGCGCGUCAUGUGCUGAGCUGUUGCUGGAGUAUGGUGCCAAAGCUCAGUGGGAGUCCUGUCUUCCUUCACCAACUCAUGAAGCAGCCAGUAGAGGUCACAGCGACUGUCUGGAGGUCCUGAUAUCCUGGGGUAUAGAUGUGGACCAAGAUCUUCCUCACUUAGGAACACCUCUGUAUGUAGCAUGUGUUUCACAGCAGAUCCAUUGCAUUCGAAAGCUUCUCUAUGCAGGUGCCAAUGUGCAGAAAGGAAAACAUUUGGAGACUCCACUACAUGCUGCUGCCCAGCAAUCUAGUACAGAGAUCAUAAACCUGCUCCUUGAAUUUGGGGCGGACAUAAAUGCCAAAAAUGCAGAUUUUGAGCGACCUGUAGAUUUAGCUGCCCCAAGCAGUUUGGUGGAGAGACAGUUGCUCCUCCAUGAAGCUACCCCCUCUUCUCUGUGCCAGCUCUGCCGACUACGUAUCCGAAAUUACAUAGGAAGAGCUAGACUGCAUCUUGUCCCGCAACUCCAGCUGCCAACGAUACUGAAGAAUUUCUUACAGUAUAGAUAACACAGUAACUAACCUUUAGAAACUUGAAUAACAAAUACUCUUUUUUUUUUUCCUCUAAAUUUUACAUUUUACCUAAAAAACUGCUGGGCGGAAGAAAGCCUUUUGCAUAUUACUUUAAAAAGUCUUUGACGCAGUCUAGGGAUGCAAUAGUAAUUGGGAGCCAUUCAGCAACUGGUACCAAGGUGCUAAUAAGGCUGAAUUGAAUGAAGUGUGCUAGUGCUCUGGGAAAUGAUCGUAUAGCUUUAGCUUAACACUUACUAAUUAGCUUUAGUGCUGUUACUUGUAUUUAUAAUUCAUAAUCUGUUUGACUCAAUCGAACCACAAAGUUUCUUCAUUAUUAUUUGUUAAGUUGUCCAUUUAGAGUCAUUAUUUUAUGUGUUUUUAAGUUUCU